AUGUUGGCAUCCAUCGCCCCCGUGCGCCUCUUCCUCGUGGCACUAAGCGUUUUCUUCCCCUUGUCUUCCUUGGCCGCCGUCGCACCAUAUCGAUCUUCCUCCUCCGAGACCAACACCCACAACGAACAACAACUCGUAAAGCGUUACACCAGUCCUACAGUCAUCUGGCCUGCCAAUCUCACUCGCACUCCGCUCAAUGUGUUUCGCCAAGUCCUCGAAACCCAGCCCGACCCCGACCCCGACCUCAUCAAAGACUGCGUUGCCCUCGACGCCACCUAUGUCUCGCUGACUAUGGAUAACCCGGACCUGCAUCAGAUCAUGCCCUGGGCAGGGACUCGCUACCGGGUGGGACCCCAGGCCUUCCUGGACACCUUCACACGCGUCGGUCUUUGGUGGACGCGGGGCCCGUUUUCGAUCGAGGUUAUUUUUGGCGAUGGGGGCAAUGUCACCGCUUGGGGACAGUUCGAGAUCACAUCCAAUACGAUGCAAAAGACAAUCACGGCGCCGUGGUCAGCUCGUGCGGAAGUCAACGAUGAGGGAAAGAUCACGUAUUUCCAGUAUAUGGAGGACACGUUUGGGACGGCGAGUACCUUCUGGGCCAACGGCAAGAAGGAGUAUCGGGCUGAUCCCUACGGAGGAAGUGUAUGGUUUUGA